AUGUCCACCAAAGGACUUGUCUUGGUGACCGGUAUUAACGGGUUCAUCGGGGGCAGAACAGCCGAAGCCUUCUUGCAGGCCGGAUACUCCGUUCGUGGAACCGUACGAUCCAAGGCGUCAGCCAAGGCAACGGUCGAAGCACUGUCGCAGUAUGGCGAGAAGCUCGAAAUAACCGAGGUCCCUGACAUCACCAUUCCUGGCGCCUUCGAUGAAGCAGUCAAAGGCGUGGUCGCGAUCGUGCACCUCGCCCAGCCAGUUACUUUCGCAUUCCCUCAUCCGAAUGUUCUACUUGAACUGGUUAGGACGGCGACAACGAGAAUCCUUGAGUCGGCUACCAAUGUGCUUUCAGUCAAGAGCGUCGUUUUGAUGGCAUCGAUUAGCAGCGUGCUUCAACGGAAAGAAGGUCCCUACACCUAUACCGAGAAGGACUGGAAUCACGAAGCACUGGAUCUGGUAGCCCAGCUGGGUGAAAAGGCACCUGGGCCGCUCGUCUACGUUGCAAGCAAGGUGGCGGGGGAGAAGGCGUUCUGGGAGUUCAGAGACAAGCAAAAGCCUUCCUUCACAAUGACAGCGGUGCACCCCGUCUACGUGAGCGGCCCACCUCUCACAUCGCCAGAAUCCGCAGACAAGAUUGCCGGGUCGCUUGCGUAUAUAUGGAAGGUCAUGUCUGGGGAAGAAAUUCCGGGGCCACUGGCCGGGUUUGGUUGGUACGUGGACGUUCGUGAUGUCGCGAAGCUUGUGGUGUUCGCCGUCGAAAAUGCCGACCAGGCGGAUGGCGAGAGAUAUAUCUCUUCAUCGGCUUAUGGGCCCCCUCAAGCAGCCGCAGACAUUCUGCGAAAAUCGUACCCUGAUCUCCCCAUAAAAGAAGGACAACCAGGGGAAGGCUACUUGCCUGGAUUCAAGACGCCAGGGAAGUUGAUAGUUGAUGGGUCGAAGGCAGAGAAGGCGGUAGGUGAAGAGUAUAUCCCGUACGACCAGUCGGUGCUAGAUACGGCCAAAAUGUUUGAGCCAUUACUAUUGUGA